UACACUUCCAGGACUUAUCACCUCUCACCCGGGGUAUAUAACCCAGAUUUGGUUAACCGAUCUCAUCACAAGAGGGCCGGCGUGACGACUUCCACGCUCAGGGAACAAAAACAGUCCCUGCAGACCCGGCACGUCACCAUGGCAACAAGAACACAACUUUCCUCGGUAUUUACCUUGGCCAUGCUGACACUGAUGAGCCUUCCGAGUUCAGGACAAGCAGAAUGCAACACCCCAGUUGGUAUCGCUGACCCAAGCCUACUACCAGAUGACAGAAUCGUCGUCUCCUCGGAAGCCCCGGGCCAUGGGAAAGAGUUUGUCCGAUUCAACUGUUGCAAAGGCAAAAUUGGAUCUGCUUGGUGCCCAGAUGAAAAUGACCCUAAACCAUCUCUCGAGAUUCGGCUCCCCAAGGAAGUUCCUGUUGGUAAAAUUGAGAUCCAGGCUCCAUAUACCGACAAGACUUCCAACGACCCUUUGAUAUUCUGCCCACAGAAUUUUCUCAAGUCCUUCGACCUAUCGGUUAAACUAAAGGGUGUUCCAGGGUUCGUCAGUUUGCAAAAGGAUAUGGUAGCUAUUGCCAACAAGACAAUCCCAGGGGUGACAUGGUCUUUCACUCCCCCGGUCAACACAGAUGUUGUGCGGAUAGAACCUAGGGAGAGAGAGGGCCUGGCCUGUUUCAGACUGGAAAUCAUUUCUUGCGAACCCAAGAGUCUUUGUAGUGACAACUGGUGUCUGCAUGGUGGUGAGUGCAGCGGGCCCAACACUUGUAACUGUACAGCAGUCGACGGAUACUACGGCGAAAGAUGCGAGUACACAAAAAGUACAAUCCCAUCCUCAUCCUACAAGUUUGUCCGUGUGGACAGCAAAUUGCUGAUAACAGAGAAAUACAACUUCACAUACCACGGACAACUGACCCUGGAACGUUUCGGAAACACGAACAGCGUUGUGCUACAUCCCGCGAGCUAUAUCGACAUUAAAGGUCCUCAGAUUGCGACAUGCCUGACCGAUCCAGACAGCUGCGUCUCAGGAUUUUCCAUUAGCAUAGUUUUCAGUGUCACUCAUCUCAAGAAAAACGAGACUCAGAUAAUAUUGUCGAGUCUAAGUUUAACUCAACCCUCUAAAGGAAUGGUGUUAUAUUUCCACGACGACAAGGUUCACUGCUUGGUGGGCACCAGCUCUCAAUUGUGGGCAAUUAACAGCCAUUUCGUGCUCAAGGAUUUGAAGUGGUACGAGAUGACAAUUUCAUGGAGCCUUGGACGUGGUCUUCUGCUACUGGAAAACGGCGUUGUCAUUGGCUCCUCCCUCCGACCUACACCUCGGGAACAGGUGACUCUAACUCAGCCGCUCACCAUCGGCUUCAAAGAGAGGUAUACAACAUCUCUGAUUAAAGUGGCGAGCAUGAAGACACUUCUCCUUUUCUGGACUGAGGCUGAAAGAGUUGGCUUCAAAAGAGAGGAGAUCCCAACCACUAUCGCGCCGACAACUCUACCGCCCACCACAACCACCGCAUGGCCAGAACCUUCCUGUAAAGCAAAACUUGGCAUGCAAUCAGGAGCCAUCAAGGCAGAUCAAAUCUCCGCCUCUUCCAGUUUGGCAGGACACGGCACAGAGAAGGCCAGGGCAGGGUGUUGCCAAGGGGAAGAAGACGGCGGAUGGUGCGCAGACCCGAAGGACACCAAUCCAUGGAUUCAAGUGGAUUUGGAUCAGGUGACAGCUGUGUCAGCCCUCACUUUCCAAGUGCCUGAGCGUGUUUCAAGCACGGUUAUUCCCUCCAAUUACGUCAAAAGGGUCAGACUGGAGUACAGGGACGUAAACAGUGCUAAACUAGUCUACAAGGCAUACAGCAGUGGUAUGCCAGCCACACCCAAUGCAACAGUGGCCUAUCUGAUCCAGCUCAGACCUAGAGUGGUCACCGACUCAGUGCGCCUGUAUAUCACUGAUGCCCAAGGAAUGGCCUGUUUCUGGUUUGACCUCGUUGGGUGUCCAGUUACAGACCUUUGCCCUCCAAACUACUGCGAGAAUGGCGGCCAGUGUUCUGGUGACAAGAAAUGUACAUGUGAUGAUGACCACUAUGGGGCAAGGUGCCAGCUGGACAAAACAGACAUAGUUACUAAAGACGUUGGGUUCAAGGAAAAAGUGAACAACACCAUCACCACGUCCGACCCGAACGUCAACCUUACUGCCGCUGGUGACGUCACGGUGAUCAAAUCUAACUCAACUGACGUCAUCCAGCUCACCAAUGGCGGUUCUGUGACUUUCCCGGAUGAUGAAUGCCUGAAAGACUUGAACAAAUGCACGUCUGGCUUUACUUUGACCCUGGUGAUUGACGUUCUCACCAUCAAAGACGACCCUCUGGUUAUUUUGACAACGACAGGAGGCACACCUGGCUCGCAAGGCCUUACUUUGAUCUAUGAUCGGUUGACUCAAAAGGUGACCUUUUCUGUAAGAACCCGCCAUGUAGCCUGGACAGUGACAAGCCUCCUCAAAUGGCAGGAAAAUACUUGGUACAAAGUGACAGUUACCUGGAGCCCAUCUUCUGGAUGUGGGCUGCUUGUUGAUGGUGUACUCACUGGCUCUGUCUUCGGCGGCACUUACGUUACAACUGGUGGAUCGUCCAAGCCUCUGUGUCUGGGCUGUGGCCUCGUGAGCACCAAGGUCACGUCCACAGUCCUCAUUAAGCUGAUCACCACCGUGCACGUCUACAUCUCAGACCUGACAAAGGCUAACGUGAUUGAUGUUGCCACCACGCCAGCUCCACCAACCACUACCGCAGUUUCCCCAGCGCCAGCUUGUAAGACUAAGCUGGGUAUGGAGUCCGGAGCCAUCAAGACUGACCAGAUCUCCGCUUCUUCCAGCUUACCUGGACAUGGCACAGAGAAAGCUAGGGCUGGGUGCUGCAAAGGAGAAGAAGAUGGCGGGUGGUGCGCAGACCCAAAGGACCCCAAUCCAUGGAUUCAGGUGGACUUGGAUCAGGUGACUGCAGUGUCGGCCCUCAGUUUCCAAGUGCCUGAGCGUGUCUCACCCACUGGUAUCCCCCCCAACUAUGUCAAAAGGGUCAGACUGGAGUACAGGGACGCGAGCACCAACACAACCACAUACAAAGCUUACAGUGCUGACUUCCCGGCGACCCUAAACGCCACAGUGGCCUACAUCAUUGAACUCAGACCAAAAGUAGUCACGGACUCGGUACGCAUUUACGUCACAGAUGCCCACGGUGUUGCUUGUAUUCGCUUUGAUCUGAUCGGAUGCGACCUUCAAGACGUGUGUCCAACAAACUACUGCCAGAACGGUGGUCAGUGUAGCGGGGAGAAGACAUGCACCUGUACAGAUGACCACUACGGUGAUCGUUGCCAGCUGGACAAAACUGAAAUCACUCCUCAAGAAAUUGGGUUCAAAGACAAAGUUAACAACACCAUCACGACAACCGACCCUGCCACGAACCUCACCGCCACCGGUGAUGUCACUGUGAUCAAGUCUAAUAAGACUAACGUCAUCGAAGUGACAAAUGGCGGCUACGUGACUUUCCCAGAAGACGUCUGCUUGCGUAAUCUGGACAAGUGUACGUCUGGCUUCACUCUGACCCUGGUGGUCAACUGUGUCAUUAUCAGGGAUGACAAGCUCCUCAUUCUCACUUCUGGCGGGGAAGACAAAGGGAGCCAAGGUCUCACGCUGGUGUACAAUAAACUGACCCACAAGUUGACAUUCACGGUACAGACAAGCAGCGUGACCUGGAAGUUGACCACUGGCCUGAAGUGGCUGGAAAACACGUGGUACAAGCUCACAGUAACAUGGAGCCCUGCUGCUGGUUGCGGGCUAGUGGUAGACGGUGUUUUGACCGGGUCUGUAUUUGGCGGGGUCGUGACAAGCUCAGGCACCUCUUCCAAACCACUAUGUCUGGGUUGUAGCUACGUCAAUACCAAAAUCACUUCUACAAUCCUCAUCAAGAUCAUCUCUACUACGCACGUGUACAUCAAAGAUUUAGUCAAGGCUGAUGUUGUAGAUGUCACUUCGACCAAAGACGCCUGCAGUGCUGCUCUGUCUGACUUCAAAUUCGAAAGCGUGACCUCCGAAAAAUCAGAGGUAGUCACGUCACUUGGUACCAUGAAAUCACACGGUGACGUCAGCAUCAGACAGGAGGACAAAGACGUCAUGCUGGUACUAGAUCAGCAAGGGGAGUACGUGGAGGUCAGCAACACAGGUUUCCCGUGCGUCGAUGACAUCACAAGCUGUGAGAGCGACCUCACGUACCGUAUGACCUUCAGAUUCCUGGAUUUUCUUGUGGAGCCUAAUUUUAUUAUGUCAAGUGGCGGAGAUUUGCUCAACUCUACGGGAAUCUCCCUUUAUUACUUUCAUGGCAAGAUCAACUUCUGGGUGAAAGACGGAGUUAUGGUAUGGCGAGCUAUCUACGACCAGUUGCUUGACCUCCAACGGUGGUACACGAUUGACGCAACGUGGAGCCACAAAGGAGGAAUCGAACUAAGACUGGAUGGCCACUUGCUGACCAACACUCUCAACGCCUCCCACAAAGCCGAGCCUGUCACCGAGAAACACCCUCUUCAUCUUGCAAAAUCUCCAGGAGCCAAUAAAAACAAGACUUCUCUCAUGGAAAUCCUAGUUUUCAGGGUGUGGAGGGAAACGAUGGACAAGCUACAAGACUAUCACUGCGAUGAACUCAAGAUCAAGAACCCAGUAGACAAAUGCUUCCGCAACAUGGUUGACGUGAAGUUCACAGAGGUGGAAAGAGGUCAUGAUCUCCUGACAUCAUUAGGCACCAUGAAGACAUACGGUGACGUCACUGUAGAACAGACAAUGUACAAGCAGGGAGAGAUGGUUCUGGUUAUCGACGAGGACGGAGAAUAUGUGGACAUGGGCACCACGGGAAUACCUUGUCUUGAUGACAUCACUUCCUGCAAUUCUAGCUUCAAUUUCCGCCUGACCUUUAUCAUCACUAAGAUCAGCACCCAGCCGAACUAUAUUCUAUCAAGUGGAGGGGAGCUCAACAAUGCCACAGGCAUAUCAUUGUAUUACUUUGAUGACAAGAUCUACUUCUGGGUGAAAGACGGGACGAUGAUGCACAGAAAGUUCCUUGACAGAACGUUGGAAGAAAAUACGUGGUACACUCUGGACGCCUCAUGGGACUCCAACACGAAGAAAAUCGAUGUCUACCUCGACGGACAAGAGGUGAAGGGUUUGCAGUUCCCAUCCUCACCUACACCCAGUACAAUGGACAAGUACUCUUUGCUUAUCGCCAAGUCUCCAGAAAAACCUAGCAGUACCCGCAUGAACAUAUUGCUCUUCAGAUUCUGGGAAGAGACAAGGACACAGCUUGUCAAGGAUGGGUGUGAGAAAAUCCUCCAAGUGGACAACCCACCGAAUCCCAUUACGACCCCGGCGCCCACCACUACACCUAGCACGACCGCACAGCUCCCUCUUCACAAGACACAAGUGACUUUCACCACGAUUGUGGGAAACACGUUGGUGACAAACUACCAUAACAUGACUAUCCACGGCAGUGUCUACCUCGAGGUAGUGCCUGCAGGCAACGUUCUUGUGCUCGAGAAACCAGGCUCUUUUGUGGACGUGGGCAAGACAGGCAUCCCGUGCCUUGACGACAUUGCUUCCUGUAACACAGGCUUCAACUUCCGCCUUACAUGUUCGCUGACAUCUCUCACCACCAACCCUCAAGUCCUGAUCUCCAGCGGAGGUGUGGGCGGCGGCAACGGUCUCACGGUGCGCUACUUCUCUCAGAUCAUUUACGUGUUCGUGAAAACCUCCCGGGAGACUUAUGUGGGCACGUUCCCCUGCGAGAUGAGGCCAGGUUUCUGGUACACGCUGGACGUGAGCUGGUCCGUGCAGACAGGCCUGGGACUGCACGUCAACAACCUGCUCAUCAAUGAGAUCGUCUUGCCAUCCUUGCUCCCGUACAUCAUAACAACCCCUGGGCCGACAACGACACCCGAAGAGAAAUUGUCCACCACGCCCACCGCUCUUCCUGCGACCACCCCUAAACACGUCACAAGAGCCCCAAUAAACGUCACGGACUACGUAUGGACGCUGUCCAAGGUCACUCAAACCACUGUUGUGUCGAACAAGCAAGAACUUGUGGUAGUCGGCGGCCCAAACCAUGUGGUCAACGGCUUGAUACUAGAGAAAGCCGACCAAUUCUUGGAGAUUCCCCACUUAAAAGACACCUGUAUCACCAACCCCGCUAAGUGCAACGAGGGUCUCACCAUAGAGAUUGACGUAAAACUGCUUGAGUUAGCUGAGGAGACCAUCAUCUUCACCAGCGGCGGAGAGCGGCCAGACGAACCUGGAGUUACCCUUCUAUACAGGUAUGGAUACAUCCAUGUGAUAGUGAGUACAGGCAGCCAGUCCUGGUACGUAUCUGUUUCCCGCCAAAAGAUCUGGACCAAUCAGUUCUGCAAGAUCCUUGUGUCCUGGAGCGUUAAGACGAGACUGCAGAUUUUUGUGAACAAUGUGUUAGUAGGCGUGUCUGAGAGUCCAGUGCCCCACAAGGAAAUCACGACCUCGAUACAAGACAGUCUGAUAAUAGGAGGCGGAAACACAAGAUGCGUCAUCAAAGAGGUGCACAUCUGGUUGGUGCACGUGGAAAUCCUUGUGGAAACGAAUAUAAUUAUUGUUCAAGGUACACCAGGAACCCCUGCCCCCACAACAGCAGCCUCACAAACCCCUGCACCUACAACUGCAGCCCCCCAAACCCCUGCACCUACCACCACAGCCCCAGUUCCUUCUGUCUUUACCAGCAGUAAGCCAGUUCCGACCUCAGAUUUCCCACAAUGUCCUGUGGGCUGUGUCCCUGCAGGUCCCAGCACAGCAGUUCCAAGCUCCCCACAGCCCACCACAGGUGCCCCAGCGCCCACCACACCAGCGCCCACGCAAGGACAAACUUCCCCACCACACCUGCCCACCACAAAUGCCCCAGCUCCCGUUCCAUCCAAACCAGCGCCCACCACA